CGAACACGAAAUAAAUAUUGAUAAAAAACUUAGUACUGACACUACAACAACAACAAAGUUUCUAGUUGAAUCGGAUAAGGAUAUGCAGAGCGGCAAUAACUUAAAUGAAGCUGGGCUGGUCUUAUCGAAAAAAAGUAAACAACUCAAUCUUGCUCAUACAAGACCUAAUAACGUAAAGAAAACAAACAAAGUAAAAUCCGAGGUGAAAACAAAAAAGAAAGUCAAGGACAUGUCUGAGCCGGUGAAGUGUGAAGAAUGUGGGAAAAUAAUGAAGAGAAGCUCAUUAAAAAAACAUAAGCAACGUCAUAAACCAAAAACUUUUCUUUGUCAGGCCUGCCCAAAAACAUUUAAGGAGUCAUGUGCCCUAAAAAAUCAUGAGCUCUGUCACAAUGAGAAUCGGGAAAGAUUUCCGAAUAAACAGAAAAAGAAGAAACAGAAAAUAUGUUUUUUUUUGUGGGUUUGCAAAGUUUAUUUGACUGUAUUGCCAUCGCAAAGUGUGCUGAAGAUGAUUAAAAGCUUUACUAAACUGUAUUUUAGGCACUUAUCAUGUUUCCGCAUGCUAAGGCAUACUGGUAGGUAUAAGAAGAGGGCCUCUUCCAACCCUUCAUAUUUGAAGGUUUAAGUUUCAAGAUCAUGAUUUGGAGAUCAAGAAUUG